CUACCCCAAUUAAAACAAGAAAACAAAAAACUUCCUUAUCUUCUCCAGCAUGUCUAGAGCAAAUGUGAGAAGACAUGUUCUGGAGAAGAACAAAAUCUUGAAAGAAAAAGAGAAGCCAUCACACAACAUUCUAUCUAAACACCUUAAGAGAAUUUACCCAAUUGGGCUUCAGAGAAGCAGUUCAUCAUUAUCCUUAUCAUCUGUAUCUUUGUCUUUGUCACAGAACUCAGUCGACUCUUCUGUUACUGAUUCUACCAUCCCACUGGAUCAGAAGAUUUCUUUAGCAUUACGACUAAUUGCACCACCUGAAAGAAGAGAAUCCCCAGUGGAUAAAAACCUGCAACCGGCUGAAAGAAGAGAAGCCCCUCUUGAUAAAAACGUGCAACAGCUAAGUCAGGAUACUUGUUCUGGGGAAUUGAUCAGCAGGUGUAACUGGAUUACAAAGAACAGUGAUAAAGGUUAUGUAGCGUUUCAUGAUGAGUGCUGGGGAGUUCCAGUUUACGAUGACAACCAAUUGUUUGAGCUGCUUGCACUCUCUGGUAUGUUGAUGGACUACAACUGGACUGAAAUCCUGAAAAGAAGGGAACUAUUCAGAGAAGCUUUUGCUGGAUUCGACCCAAAUAUUGUGGCCAAAAUGGGGGAGAAAGAGAUUACAGACAUAGCAUCAGACAAAGCAAUAAUGUUAGCAGAGAGCAGAGUAAGGAGUAUAGUAGACAAUGCCAAAUGCAUAUUGAAGAUUGUGAGGGGAUUUGGAUCGUUUGGUAGCUACAUGUGGGGUUAUGUGAACCACAAACCAGUGAUCAACAGGUACAGAUACCCAAGAAAUGUUCCUCUGAGGACUCCAAAAGCAGAAGCCAUUAGCAGGGAUUUGCUAAAGCAUGGAUUCCGGCUGGUGGGGCCUGUGAUUGUGUAUUCCUUUAUGCAAGCUGCUGGUUUGACAAUCGAUCAUCUUGUUGAUUGUUAUAGGUACACUGAAUGUGUAGGCCUUGCUGAAAGACCUUGGAGGCACAUCUAAUUAACAUGCAUUCAUUAUUUCAUAUCUAUUUGUACUAAUUAAAUUCUGGCCAAUA